CUGCGCUCGAUGGUGACGCGGUCGGCUAGCCGGUAGUCUGGGAGCCCUUCGCUGCGGAGUCGGCGCGCGAAAACUAUUUGGAGAUUAUGGAUGCUAAGCCCGAACCUGGACCCCUCAGUGAGAGUUCAGAACUUCUUUUCUCCUUUGGAGUUAUAGCAGAUAUUCAGUAUGCUGAUUUGGAAGAUGGCUAUAAUUUCCAAGGAAGCAGACGGAGAUACUACAGAUACAGUCUUCUUCACUUACAGGGUGCUAUCGAACACUGGAAUAAAGAAAGCAGCCCACCCAGUUGUGUACUUCAGCUUGGAGACAUCAUCGAUGGAUAUAAUGCACAGUAUCAAGCAUCAGAAAAGUCACUAGAACUCAUCAUGAACACAUUCCAAAGGCUGAAAGUCCCAGUUCAUCACACGUGGGGAAAUCACGAAUUCUAUAACUUCAGCAGAGACUAUUUAACAAACUCCAAACUUAACACAAAGUUUCUGGAGGACCAGAUUGCCCAUCAUCCUGAGACUGUGCCUUCAGAGAAUUAUUAUGCUUAUCACUUUGUACCGUUCCCUAAAUUCCGGUUCAUUUUACUCGAUGCUUAUGACAUGAGUGUCUUGGGCGUGGAUCCGUCUUUUCCAAAAUACCAGCAGUGUCUGAAGAUACUGAGGGAGCACAACCCAAAUGCGGAAUUGAAUAGUCCUCAAGGACUUGCUGAGCCCCAGUUUGUCCAGUUUAAUGGAGGAUUCAGCCAAGAACAGCUGAACUGGCUGAAUGAAGUUCUUACAUUCUCUGACAGAAACCAAGAAAAGGUGGUGAUUGUGAGCCAUCUUCCCAUUUAUCCCGAGGCCUCUGACAGUGUGUGCCUGGCCUGGAAUUACAGAGACGCCCUGGCAGUCAUUUGGUCUCACAAGUGUGUGGUGUGUUUCUUCGCCGGUCACACUCACGAUGGUGGCUACUCUGAGGAUCCUUUUGGUGUGCACCACGUCAACAUAGAAGGGGUUAUUGAAACGGCUCCAGACAGCCAGGCCUUUGGCACAGUUCAUGUCUAUCCUGACAAAAUGGUGCUGAAAGGGAGGGGCAGAGUUCCAGACAGAAUUAUGAAUUACAAGAAGGAAAAAGCUCUCCAUUUUUAGUGUGAUUUUAUUUGUUUACUUUUAUAGAAAGAGACUGACUUGGCUUUGUGGGUUUGUUCCGCCUUCCUCUCCCCACAUCCUGAGUCUCAUUGUUUAGUAUUGUUUGCAUAACAAAUGGCCAUAACUGACUUCAGUGUGUGUUAGCUCGUAAGAUAUUCUGAAAUGUCAUUUUUGGAUAAUAUAUCCCGUGUUGAAAACUGGAAAGGAAAUGAAUGAAAGUAGCAUGAAUAAACCAGGGAGGAGACUGAGGUGGGGGGGAUACAGUCCUCCAAACAGAUUCUAUUUAGCCUUACCUGAGGUUUUUUUACUUUUUACAAGGAGAAUGUAUUCAUUCACUGUAUUAGCUAUGUAAGUUAAAAUUCAUAAUAAAAAAGAAAUAAAAUAAGCUCAGGUAAACUUUUUCCGUUUACCCAGUUGUGUGAAUGAGCUUUAGACAUUUUAUGCUCAGAGUACCCAUCAUAUUUGUACUUUUAUAGGUUUAUACUCCUGUUUCGUAAGCCAAAAGCAUCACUAGUUACUUCACAGGUGAACGAAUAGCACCCCCAUUCACACAGGUGAAUGUGUGGUCUCCCUUGUGAACCUCUUGUGAGUUCAGCCAAAUCAGGACCGAGUGCCAGUGCAGCUGUGUGCCUGCCAGCAUGUCUGUUUGGGCCCCCAGCUGGUGCUAUAGGAGACUAUCGUAGGUAGAUGAAUUUACCCUUGACUCCCUUUAUAGACAAACGGGGCAUGUUUAACUGAGCUGUCAUAUAUUCUAAGACUUAUUUGCAGAAACACUUACUCAGUGGCAAAUGGGGACUGUUCAAAUGUAGAAAAAGUUUGAUUCAGGGCCUGAAAAACAGGAAGACAAAAAACCAGUACUAGUCAACGUAAGUGUGUCUGCUGAGUACCGAAGCAUUGUGGGGCUGCAGAGGCGUAUCAGUUUCCGCUGGCUGCUGUAACAAAUUACCACAAACUUGGUGGCUUAAACAACAUAUAUUUGUUCUCUUACAAUUCUGGAGGUCAUAAGUCUGAAAUUGUCUUCACUGGGCUGAGAUCAAGGUGUUAUCAGGGCCAUGCUCUCUCGGAGGCAGAAUCGGUUUCCUUGCCUUUUCCAGCUUCUAGAGCUGCAUCUCUUGCAUGUCUUGGCUUAUGGCCCCUUCCUCCAUCUGCAAAGCUAGCAAUGCAGCUUUUUCCAGUCUCUUGCUGCUUUGUUGUCACAAUGCCUUUCUCCCCUUCCGUCUGUAGUCAAAUAUCCCUGUGCCUCCCUCUUAUAUUGUAAUUACAUUGAGGGCCCACCCAGAUAAUCCAGGAUAAUCUUCCCAUCUCAAGAUCCUUAAUCACAUCUGGGAAGUCUAUUUUGUGAUGUAAGGUAACAUUCAAAGGUUCUGGGGAUUAGGACCUGGAUACCUUUGAGGGUCAUUAUUCAGCCACUGACGUGACUAUAAUGCGCUCCCUGCCUUCACUGACUUUCCACAAGUGAGAGAGAAACAACCCUGCAUACAAAUGUAUGAAGAAAGGACAGUGGCAACAUGGAGGAGGGAUUUAAUUUUGUUUGAAGGGAAUAGGGAUGACUUGAAGAAGGAAGAAAAAUGGUUUAAAUAGAUGUGCAGGUGCAUUUCAUGUAGACAGAACAGCGUAGCGUCAUAGGAUAUGCUGAGUUCAGGAACUGCAAGUAAUGCUAUGAGGAUUCACCAAACAGCGCUGGGGGAUGGCAGGCGGUAAAGUGGGAAAGGACAAGCUAGGGCUUGUCCUGAGUGACGAGCCAGAGUUAGAACUAAACUUGUCAGGCAGUGAGGAACCCUCCGGUGUCUGAGCUGGGGAAUGUGUGAGGAAAUUUGUGUCAAUUCCAGGCAGUGGAUAAUGAGAGGCUGAUAUAGGAGAAUGACAAUGGGGAGAAAAAAGAUUGUGAGGGUGGGAGGACAGAGAUUUUGACAAAGAACUAUUAAACUUACUAAUAAUACUUAAAUUCAAUUGAAAAAUAGAGUUGAAAAGCAAUUUCAGUAAUACUGUUCAAAAGGCAGUACUUUACCAAGUUACUGCCUUUUACAUGCUUCUGGAGAUACGAAAGGAACUGUGUAUAUUCACAAAAUUCAUAGUGUUAUAUGGGAGAUGCAAAUAUGAUGAAAGUGUAUUUUGGACAUUACUUUAAAAAAAAUUGAAACAUUAUAGUCUUUUAAGCACAGAAUCAGGCAUUACUUGGAGGAUGGGUAGGUCCUAUAUAGAAUUUGGAAAUAAAUCUGUUUCUUCAUGUCUGACUAAUAGUUAUACUAACGGAGGUAUAAAAACCAUAAAUAUACCAGAAAACUGAAAUCCUUUAUUUGUAUUUCACUGACCCUUAAAAUAAAUUUUACUUUAAUUGCUUUAAUAUCAACUAGAUUUUUUUUCCUUUACCCUCUAAAUCUUGAUAGAGAAUUUCUGACUAUCCAGUGGUCAUUAUGUAAAACAAAAAACAUGCCUAUCUCCUUUAACAAAUAUUUAUAAAAUACUUAAUAUCGUAUUAAAGGCUAUAAAAAUAGGCAAACUACCAGACUCAUUUUCACUCUACUAAUACUUUUUGAGUCAAAUAUUUCCUAAAUCUCAUGAAACUGUCUCCACUAUGGAGUUUGAUGCUAGCAUAUGUAAAAGAGUUGCCAUCCAGAUGCUCUAAGACAGCACUGACCAACAGAAAUAUAAUGUGAGCCACAUAAGUAAUUUGAAAUAUUUUAGCAGUCACAUUUUAAAAAGUAAAUAGAAAUAGAUAAAAUUAAUUUUAAUUAUGUAUUUUAUUUACCCCAAUACAUCUAACAUAUUAUUUUAACAUGUAAUCAAUAUAAAAAUAUUUUACAUUCUUUUUUAUACUAAGUCUGUAAAAUCUAGUGUAUAUUUUAUGCUUAUAAUCCAUCCAUUUGGACACUAAAUUUUCAUUGGAAGUACUUGGUCCGUAUUUAGACAUAAAAUUUGCAGCUGAAGAAGUAGAUUCACAUAUCCAAGUUGUUCCAAACAUACUUAAAACAAGUGUUCCAAACACACUUAUAAGUUUUCUCAUAACUGAAUUGAUGUUUUUAAAUAAAAAUGAAAAAAUUCAAACUUCUUCAGUGUACAUUUCAAGCGCUCAAUACAACAUGCAGCUAGUGGCCACCAGACUGCACAGCUCUGAAAUGGUCUUCUCUACAGGGCUACUUUUGACAUUAAAAAUAUGUGUCUAGAUUUUGGUCUUAUUUUUCAUUUAAAAUGUAAUUAAUAUUCUCUCUCUCCUUCUUUUUGGUCCCACAUUCCUUUAUUCUAGCUAACUUUCUUUCCAAGACAUGCUUGUUCACUUGGUUCAUCUGGAGUCCUCAUUUAAUUCACAGCACUGUACCAGUUCAGUAUACUGAGGUUAGUUCAGGGGUACAGCCCUCUCCUGAACUCUUUCUAUCAUUAUCCAAACCCUGCUUCCCUCUAUGUUAUCAGGUGCAGCCCUUUGUCAGCUCUUUAUAUUUUGAAUGCUCUCAUAUUAUCUCGGUUAUAAACCUUGCAACUAUAUAAAUAAGUAGGAGGUCUGGUAGUAACCCUAUUUUAUAGAUAAAGAAUUAUCCAUGGGAGGUUUACACAUUUGCCCAAGUCACAUGGAUAGUAACGUAGCUGAGUUAGAAUUCAUAUUUCUGAACUUUUGUGUUUUGCCUUUUCCACUACACUGUGACACAACAGAAUGUCAGACUCCUUCUCUUACUAGUCCCUUCCAGUCCUGUGUUGUAGGCAGCCUAACUUAGGAUUUUGUAAAAAAAUCAUCUCUAGUAUUAAAUUACCUGAAAUAAAUUCCUAGAAAACUGGCAUGUUACAAUCAUGUUUACAAAAAAUUGUAAACUCUCAUUUUAAGAACAGGAUUCUUCAUUUAAAUUACUGUCUUGCAGUGAGUUGGCCAGGAGGACCGCAUCUCCUUGUUUAUAUAUACAUAGACCCAUGAGAUAAAUGGGAAAAGAGCAACUAUGAUAGCAAUAGCCAACUGAAUUCUUCCACCAACUGGAUUCCUAUAAAGACACACAAAAAUUAUUAUAAAUAACAAUCCAAUAAAAAUUAUGAAUUGCUUUGGUAACGAAUAUGAAGAUUGAUUUUACUAAAACACAUCAUUACAUUUUUGUACGGUCUUUUUAAUUUUUUAAAUUGAAAUAUAAUUCUUAUUUCUGCAUUUAUAAUUCUGCAUUUCAGUGACCUCAGUUGAAGGUCACUGAUAAAGCAAUGUUAAAAUGGAUCUUUACAUAAUGAUUUUUGUGUCCUGUUUAAGAAAACUUUUCUUCCCCAAGGUCUUAAGGAUACUAGAUUAUCUUCUCUAAAAGUUUUAUUGUUUUGCUUUUCACAUUAGAUCUAUAAUCCACCUAGAACUGAUUUUUAUGAAAGUUUUAAGGUGUAGGGGUUGUUUCACUUUUUUCCAUAUGGAUAUUCAAUUGCUCCAGCACUAUUUAUUGAAAAGAUUGCCUUCCUUUGCUACCCUGGAGUGCCACCAUUGUCCUAAGUAAAGGCCAUAUACAUACAUACAUACAUAUAUAUAUAUAUAUGGAUCUGUUUCUAGAUUCUGUUGUUUCAUUCAUUUAUUUUUCCAGUAUGGGUUUAUCUUAUACUGCCAUAGGAUAAUUAUUUAGGUGUUCUUUAUUUUAAUAUUGAGGUCUUUAAUUUCUCCCAUAAUGUUUUAUAGUUUUGUAUGCAGAGAUUUUGCACAUGUCUGCUAGAUUUAUUCCUGGGGAGUUGAUUUUUUGAUGCUAUAAAUGAUAACUUUUUGUUUUUAUCAUUUUCUGUUACUUGCUGAUAAGAAUAGUUGAUUUUAGUAUAUUGACCUAGUAUCCAGCCAUCAUGCUAAACUCACUUAUUUGAAUAACUUUUUAGAUGUUUAGAAAUUUUCUACAUAUGUGAUUUUGUCAUCUGUGAAUAAGGAAAAUUUAAUUUUGCCUUUCCAAUCCUUGGGGGCUUUUAUUUCUUUUUCUCGCCUUACUGUACUGGCUAGGACAAGAGAGAGAACAGUGUUGAGUAGAACUAGUGGCAACAGUGGCUACUUCUCAUUCCUGAUCUCAGAGGAAAAGUUUUCAGCUGCUCACCAUUAAGUAUCAUGCUGUGGUAUAGAUACCCUUUAACAGGGUAAGUUCCUUUUUAAAUCAAUUUUUAUGAGCUUUUAUCAUGAAUGGAUGUUGAAUUUUAUCAAAUGCUCUUUUUGUAUAGGCUGAGAAGAUAGUUUAUUUUCUUCUUUCAUUCUGUUAAUGUAGUGAAAAACACUGGUUGGUUUCCAAAUGUUAAACUAACUGUAUUCCUAGAAUAAACACAACUUGGUGGCUGGGUCAUGAAUUGCAGGACUUGAUUUGCUAAUGUUUUUUAUUUUUUGCUAAUAUUUUGUUUAGGGUUUUUCCAUCUGUGGUCAUGAGUGAGAUUGCUGUGUAACUUCCUUUUUCUUUCGUUUUUUUUGGUUGGGGGUGGGUAAUGUUCUUGUCAACUUUUGGUGUCCAGAUUUUUCUGCCCUCAUAAAAUAAACUGGAAAAUAUUUCUUCUUUUUCUGUUCUCUGGAAGAGUCUGUUGAAGGUUGGCAUUAUUCCUUCCUUAAAUGUUAGGUAGAAUUCUGCAGUUAUGCCAUUUGGUCUAGAGUUUUCUUUUAAGAAAAGUUUAUAUUAUACCCUCAAUUUCUUUAAUAGUUAUGAGACCGUUCUGAGGAUUUCUUCUUGUGUCAGUUCUGGUAAAUUGUAUCUUUCAAGGAAUUUGUCCAUUUCAUCUACAUUUUCAAAUUUAUUGGGAAAAAGUUGUUCAUAAUAUCCUCUUAUGAUUUUUGCAGUGUCUGUUACAUGGGUAAAUAUCUUUGUCUUUUUCAUCCGAGAUUAGUUAUUUUUGUGCCUUCCUUUCCUUGCUCUCACUUUAAUUAUUUUUCCCUUUUUAGCCUUGCCAGGGUUCAUCAGUGUUAUUAAUCAUUUCAGAGAAUGAAUAUUUGUCCCUCUUACUCCUUUAUUUUUUAAUGCUGAUUUUUUCCUUUCAUUGGUUUCUGCUUUUAUAUUUAUUUUCUUGUUUCUUUGGGCUUAAUUUACUGUUCUUUUACUAACUUCUUGAACUGGAGAGUUCCUAACUUCUUCGAAGCUUACCUCAUUGACUUUCAGCCUGCCUAGUUUUUGUUUUGUUUUGUUUUGUUUUAAUAUAUGUAUUUAAUGCUAUAAUAUAUGUAUAUGUAUAUUAAAUAUACAUAUUUAAUAUAUGUAUAUAAUGCUAAGCAUGCGUUUUACCCACAUCCCACAAAUUUUAAUAUGUAGUCGUCUCCUUAUCAUUCAGUUCAAAAUAUUUUCUAAUUUUCAUUGUGAUGUGUUCCAAAUGUUAUUUGGAAAUACAUUUCCUAAUUUCCAAACAUACAGUGGUUGUCUGAUUAUUAUUUUUGUUAAUGAUUUCUAGCUUAGUUGCACUGUGGUCAAAGAACGUCCUCUAUAAGAUUUCAGUUCUUUGAAAUUUGUUGGAACUUAUUUCAUGGCUCAACAUAAAGUCUUUUUGCAAAUAUUCAACGUUUACUUGAAAAAAAAAGUGGAUUCUGCCAUUCUUGGUGCUGGUAUUCUAUAUAUGUCCUUUAGGUCAAGUUUCUUAUUGUGUAGUUCAAAUUUUCUAUAUCUUUAUUGAUUUUUUAAAUCUUCUUGUUCUGUUAGUAACUGAAAGAAGUGUAUUAAAGUCUCCCAAAAUGAUUGUCAAUAUUUUAGUUUUUCUUUUUCGUUCUGUCCAUUUUUAUUUUAUCUAUUUUGAGGCUAUGUUAUUAGUUAUGUAUGCUUUUUAAUAAGUGGUGUUGAGAUCAGCAGAGAGCCAAAAAGGAAAAAGAUAAUAUUGGAUCCGUUCUUUUUGCUGUUACACUAGGAUAAACUCUAAAUCGGUCAAAGAUUUAAAUGUAAAAAUGAAACCAUACAUGUAUUAGAAGAAAACUUAGGUAAGUUACUUACAACCUGAGAGGAAGGAAAGUUUACCUAACUAUGACUCCAGAUCCAGAAGCAAUAAGGGAAUGGACCGAUAAAUUUGGUCACAUUAAAAAAAAUUUUUUUUUUCAUGGCAAAGUGUACUUUGCAUAAGCAAAGUAAAAGGACAAUAAGAAACUGCAAAAUAAAUUUUUCAGAUUAUAUCACAGAGGGUUAAUAGCCCUAGUAUGUAAAGAGCUUCUAAAAGUAGAGAAGACCAACAACCUUAGAAAUUGGUUAAACCUGUACUCUCAGAGAUGAACCAAUAUUUAUAGAAAAAAAAAUGCAAAUGGCUCUUAAUCAUAUGAAAAUAUGCUUACCUUUGCUCCUAAUAAGAGAAAUACAAAUGAAAACUACCCAUUUCUCAACUAUCCAAUUAGUAAAAAUUCAAAAAUUUGACAAUACACUUUGUUGGCACUAUUUUGAAUCACAAAAGAUUGGAUACAACCUGAACAGUAGAGGACUGGAUGAAUAUACUGUGGACCUAUCAGCAGAAUAAGGAAAGUCUUUAUAUACCACAGGAUGAUCUCCAGGAUGUAGUAAGGGGAAAUCAAGAAUACAGUUGUGUAUAAUAUGCUACCACUUAGCUAAGACAAGCAGGAAUACCAAUGAAUGUACGUAUUUGCUCCAUUAAGAAACCAUGGAAGGGGGCUUCCCUGGUGGUGCAGUGGUUGAGAGUCUGCCUGCCGAUGCAGGGGACGCGGGUUCGUGCCCCGGUCCGGGAGGAUCCUGCAUGCCGCGGAGCGGCUGGGCCCGUGAGCCAUGGCCUCUGAGCCUGUGCGUCCAGAGCCUGUGCUCCGCAACGGGAGAGGCCACAACAGUGAGAGGCCCGUGUACCGCAAAAAAAAAAAUAGAAACCAUGGAAGGAUGAACCAUAAAGUUGAAAAAAGUUUCACCUAUAGAGAAAGGGAGGACAUAGGGUUGGGAGAUAGAGAAGUUAGAGUUCUUUGAAGGUACUCUGUCUUGUAGAUUUGACUUUGGAACCACGUAGAUGUUUUAUAUAAUUAUAAAACAAAAUUAAUAUAUUUUUAAUAAAGUAUCCCUAGAAAUUGAAAGUAAAAUGAAAUAAAUGAACUUAACUGUCUAUUCACUUGGUGGGAUUAGCACACAGUUACUAUUCCAAGUAAUUUGAAUGUACAUCCCUUAGAGAGAUGUUCCCUAGAACCAGCAACACAAAAUACCUAUUUUCAGUAAUUAUAUUGUUAUUCUGAGAUUGUGUUUGUAUUGUGGGAUGAGUCAGAUGAGUUAUGUUGAGGUCACUGAGACUAGAGAUUUUUUGACAUGAUUAAAAGUAAAUACAGAUUUAAGAUUGCUGAUAAGGUCAGAUGAAAACUUGUGUUCCUGAAUUUGAAUUCUAGGAUCGAUAUGAACUCAUAAGAGAUUUUAUCUUUAACUAUAUACGUAAAAAAAAAAAAUAUAUAUAUAUAUAUCUUUAUAUAUGUAAUACACACACAUAUACAUAUGUGUAUAUAUAUAUAUUUAUGACACACAUACAUAUAUAUACAUACCUAUGCACACAUAACGUGAAUUUUCCUAGUUCUGCCCACUAAAAGAACCCAACUCAACCCAGUAGCAGUGAGCACCAUUUGUGCCCAGAAUGUGACCUCUAAAUACCAUUAUUACCUACUGAAAGUAAUGAGGGCUUUUUGGAAAAAUGGUUGAUUCCAGGUCUGGGGCAUAAAAUGUAUAAUCUUAGCUUGGAACAUUUUGUCAUACCAGAAAGCAAGGAAGCAAUCAACGUUUACUAGGGUCGUGUCAAACAGAGUUCUGGUGCCAACCUGCAUAAGUGCCCCUGGUCAAAGAUGAGACAGUUUCAGCAACUGCCAUGGACUGAGAAACAUCAAAUAUCUUGAAAUCCAUGACUUUAUAAUGGUAUUAUUAAAUAAACAAAACUAUUGGUCACUUUUGGAAGGUGCCCAGGCAAGAAAAACUCAUUAUUCUGAAAACUGGUGAAUUAAGAGAGUCAACUCCUUUUCCUCUUAUGAUCUGUGUCUGAGUAGUCCAAGAAUUGAUAAGUGGAAGUUUUCCAGAUAAUAAUCAAGGAAUGGUAUACUUAGAUUAUGACCAUUUUGCAACUCAAAUGAAUUAGUGGAUUUAGGCAGUGAUCAUCAAAGAUUUUAUAUUAACAUUAAAGAGAAACAGCUAGGUGUUAUGCACAUUAUGAUGGAAGUACAUACCACCACCCAUGAAGUGGUCUUGCUUAGUGAUGAUGAUGGUAAGAAGAAGAAGAAGGAGAAGGAGGAGAAGAAGAAGACGACCAGAAUCUGGCCAAGUUUCUAGAUCUUACCACCAAUUUAUAGGAAACAUGAAGCACAGAGGAACAAGCAUUUGUAAUACAAUUGUGAAAAUAUAAACAUUGGCUGGAAAACUCAUAAUACUGAGGAAUUACUGUUUUACUUUUUGUGUGUGAUGAUGGUAGAGUGGUUAUUUUUUAAGUGCUUAUCUUUUAGAGAUACAUACUGAAAUAUAUAAAACAUAAAACAACAUGUUGUUUGAGAUUUAUUUCAGAAUAAUUAGGACAGUGAUAGAUGAUACAAGAUUGGAUAUAUAAUGAUAGUUGUUGGAGCUGGGUGAUGAGUACAUCUGAUUCAUUAUAUUAGUCUCUGCUUUUGAAUGUGUUUGAAUAUUUCAAAAUAAAAAAUUAAAGCAGAAUUUUUUUUAAUUGCCAAAAAGUCCUCCUUUUUUCUAAUGCUGACCUUAAAAUCUACUUUUUAAAAUUAAACUAUCUAUACUGGCUUCCGUUUUAUUGGUGCUUGUAUAGUAUGUUUUUUCUAUCUUUUGACUUUCAGUGUUUCUGUUUCUGUAUAUUUGUGUUCUCUUUUGUAAGCAGUGUUUAGUUUUUAAUCUUUUAUCCAUUUUGAAAAUCUUUAUUGGAAUAUUUGGAACAAUUACAUUUAAUGUAGUUUCUCAUAUAUUUGAGUUUAAUUCUCUGUCUUAACAUCUGCUUC